GAUCCGUAUAUCCAGCUGGCGUCAUUUGUUGGUGUUGCCUGUACGCAGCGUGCUUGACAUAUGACCCUACAAGCACCAAGGCAAUGGGUUAAAGGCCAUUCAUUGAAUUACAUAUUCAAAUUGACUACUACGUAUCAACCGGAAAAACUCCUACAACAAGAGAGAAAAUGGAAGACAAGACCGUUACUCUGACCACCAAACCGGGGGCUUCCCUCCACAUUUCCGUCCUCCACCCCCAACCGCACAGGCAGAACCCUCUCUCGAACACUCUCCUGGUCUUUCUCAACGGCUUGGCCCUCCCCAGCGCAGCCUGGUCUGAAGCGAUCGAUCACCUGGUUGAAGUUCGGAAGGAACAUAAGCAACCACUUCCCGCGGUGCUCUGCUAUGACCGCUACGGCCAGGGCAGAUCCGACUCGGACCCAACCGACGCCCAAGAUUCGCCCUACGGACACGACCUACGCGCGGCCGUAGCCGAUCUGCACCAGCUCCUGACCCAGGUCUCGCACGAUGAGCUUCAUCAUCGUCCAGUCGACGAACUACGCAUCGUGCUGGUCUGCAACUCGAUCGGGUGUCCCCUCGCCCGGCUGUACGCGGCCGAACACCCGGGCCUCGUCGAGGCGUACCUCUUCUUGGACUCGAUGAUGGCUAACACGGACUUCGUGUCGCUCUUCCCGGACCCUGACGACGCCGAGUUCGAUGGGAGCCAGUUGCCGGAGGGUGUGUCGGCCGACGACCUGCGCCAUGCACGGGACACUUUCGGUAAGCAUUUUCAUCCGGCAGUGCCUAACGCGGAGCAUCUGGACCGGAGGAGGCUAGGGGAGUUGCUGCCACGGGCGGAUGGACCUGAGUUGCCCGAUGGGCCGGGAGGGCGGUCUCCGUUGUUGGUGGUGGUGGGUCAUGAUUGGGACGUGUUCGCUGAGCAGUCCGAAAAGGGAUCCUUGUCUGUGCCAAAGGCUGUCAUCAAUGCCUAUAUGAACCCAACAUGGGAGGCAUACAACGAGGGCCUGGCUCGGCUCGUCCGGACAGGCUGCGAGGUAAAGAUUGCCAAAGGCUGUGGCCACUUCAUCCAGAAGGAUGACCCAGCUUUUGUGGCCCGCGAAAUCAGCGAUAUUUUGAACGAGUUGCAGAGCCGCUCAGGGCAGAAGGUGCACCAAAAGUAGGACAUAGGUACAUAGACCGUGUGGAUUUCCAGGGCUACCUUAUAAAACCACCUUCGCGUCAAAGAAUGCACAUCACAUUAUAGAAACACCGACCAGAGUCUAUCGAUACUCGAGAAUCGAUGACAUUGUC